GAAUUCUAUUCGCAAAUUUCGCUGAUUGGGGCAAUGUUAGUUGGGGGGGGGUGGGGGCAGGGCGAUCAGGAAGGCAGUGACAGUAAGGGGUACCUGAGGGUUAAUAUUAGGUGGGCAAAUCUAGACUAAACACUGUGAACCUCCCUCCCCCCCCCCCCCCCACACCUUAAAAUGUGUCUGUGGGUUCAGGGUUUAAUGUGAAUUUCUGAGUAUAUUUUCAUUAUGUGGCUUUUACUGUCCUUUUGUUUUCUUGCCUGAUUAUAUUAUUAUUAUUUGUUAUUUUGGCUCCCCCCCCCCCCCCCCCCCACUAUAAAUAAGAAUAGGAAAAUCUUGUUUUACGUUAAGAACGUAAAAGGGGAAAAAUAAUAUCACAAGACCUAAAACAUACCCCCUGAGUUGGGCGUUCGGCCACCGUAGGUUGUUUAUAAGAAUUACGCUACAGAUGGAAGUCAUUAAAUUUGGUAAUAUAGUUGAAAAGAAUAACGUAGUUUAGUUGAGGUCAUUUUGGCGCUGUAUGCAGGCACUUUCCGAGUUGCCGUGUCUUUGGGAUGUAUGGUAUGUUCCCAGGGUGUCAAGAAUGUUCAAUUUUUCAUCCCUUAGAGCUGUCUAGUGGCUAUUUUAGAUAUAACUUAGUUGACGUGAUCAGCUAUUUAUAUUUUAUUGCUUUUGCAAAAUGGCAGCCAACCACUGCAUGUCAAAGGGGAAAGCAAAGGCUAAGAGAGCCUGCGAGGAUAAUGCGGCAACCAGGGCUGUCCGGUUUUCUUUUGAAGAGAAUAGUAUACUAAUCGCAAAAGUCUGUGAGUAUUACGAUGAAAUAAUUGGCUCGGCAGCGCCGGAGACUCCCCAGAAGAAGAAGAAUGAGUUGUGGAAAAAGAUCGUGGAUGCAGUUAACACAGUUGGUGGGAAUAAUCGUACAGAACUCGUAGUAAAAAAGAGGUAUUUUGAUGUGAAAAGGCAACUGAAGCGGAAGUUAUGCAAGGCGGCCUCUCAUGUAUCUGAGACUGGGGGCGAGAAGUCUGAAGAUGCGGACCUAACCAGUUAUGAAGAAGAACUACUGCAGGUUCUGGUACCAGGAACUGGAACCGAUAUAGAGGCGAUUGAUGAUACAGACAGUACAACAAUUAUUGCAGAAACAACAAAAUCCUACAAGAAGAAAAAUGAGCUAAGGCAGAAGAUUAUGGAUGCAGUUAAAGCAGUUGGAAACAAUCACACAGAUCGUGUGGUAAAGAAAAGGUACUUUGAUGUUAAGAGGCAACUAAAAAGAAAGCUAUCAAGGGCUCCCUUCCAAGCAAGAAGGAUUGGAGGUAGCCACCCAAACCAUGUGGAUUUGGCCAACGGGGAGUUGCUUGAAACCCUAGGUCUAGAAGCAAUAAUGCGUGUAAAAGGAAGUGUUGAUACUGACUUGCCUCUUGCUUCACAAGAACCUAGAUCCCCUGUACAUCUUACUAAGGAAGAGCCUAGGACUUCAGAGUCUCCACAGUUUCAAGCUCCCGAUCAAUUGUCAGGCCCUGUCAGGAGCAUUGAUUCUACAAGAUAUCUUUUUAAAUCGAGUCCAUGUUCAGAAACCCAUCAACUGGAAGAGUUUGAUGAACCUUCUGGGUCUUUGAAAACAACUAUGCUUUCGGGUGACCAAGAAGAGAUCAUAUCCAUCAUAGUGGGCUCAGAAGAAGUACCAUCCACAUCAGCGGGUAUUUGUCCACAAUCUUCUGCUGUUUCUUCUUCAUCAUCUCCUUCCUCGGGUCAUCUUGAUGCCUCUGUAGCUGCCCUUGUGGAUAAAACUACAGAACAACUUAAUAAGAUGUCAGAUUUGAUGUUGGCUCAAAGCCACACUUCAGCAUCCCAGCAUUCAGAGAUCUUAGAAGUCUUACAUGGUAUUCGUAAUGAUUUAAAUGAACUAAGACACCAAACUCAGAUAUCAAAUGAAGUACAAAAUCAGAAAAGAUUAGAUAACCGGUUAUUCCGCAGUGAACUUUUGCAAUUGAAAAGAGAAAAAUUGGAUAUAUUAAGAAUGAAGUAUGACCUUGAACCUCCAAAUACAUCUAGACCACUCAAUGAACAACUUAAGGAAGAGACGUCAAGCAAUGAAGAGGAAUUUUCACCUCCUCAAAUGAAAAAAAUGUGUAAAGGAAAAGAAAGGUUCAUUUUGUUUCUCUGAAAAUCUGUUUUGCUUUUUUUGUACUAAUUUUUUUUAGUUUAUUCCAAAAACCUCUGCUCAGAUGUACCCCCUUCACCAAUUUUACUGUUUUCUUUGUUUUAACAAAAAUGUUAAAACAUUUUUUGUUUUUUGUUUUUAAAAAGUUUUUUU